UAGCGGUUGGACUGCCCCGAAGCUCGCCUCAAGAACCCUCUCCCGGCGCAGCCGCCUUACCGCGGGCUUGCGUUCUGCGUGCUUUCAAACGGUGGGGGCAGGGGGACAGUUGACUUGAAUAGCAGAAUUCACUUGUCUACUUGGCGCUGUGCGUGUUGGAAUUGGACCCUGCUCGGCGUGCGCGUGCGUGUGUGCUUCUCUCCUAGCACGCAGGUUGGAAGUGGCAGAGGAAGCAGGGGUUUGCGAAUUGCCUCCAUAUGGACAGAUUUCAAGAGUGCAAACAUCCAUUUGUCUGCAAGUGUCAUUUGAACCUGUCCGAUGGUUGUAAGGAUAUGUUUUCUCCGGCUGUCCGUGUUUGCACUGGGAAGGGACGGCUCUCUCUCCUUAGGAGAUCUGAACAGUGAUGGCACACAUUUUGGUCACAAGUCGUUCAGUGGACUGUGGAUUGACCAACCAGUAUCCAUUCCCAUCAUGAUGUACACCACUAAGGCUCUUCACUACACCUACAUUCUGAUCAGAGGCCACAGAGAUGAUAUUCAGAACUUCCACUAAGGUACUGUAAGACUAUGUCAGAGAAUCACAAUGACCUUGCACAAUAACACAACCUCGCCUUUGUUUCCAAACAUCAGCUCUUCCUGGAUACAUGGCCCCUCAGAUGCAGGACUGCCCCCAGGAACAGUGACUCAUUUUGGCAGCUACAACAUUGCUCCAGCAGCUGGGAAUUUCUCCUCUCCAAAUGGCACCAUCAGUGACCCUUUGGGAGGUCAUACUAUCUGGCAAGUGGUCUUCAUUGCAUUCUUAACAGGUGUCCUGGCCUUGGUGACAAUCAUUGGCAACAUCCUAGUGAUAGUGGCAUUUAAGGUCAACAAGCAGCUGAAGACAGUCAAUAACUACUUUCUCUUAAGUUUGGCCUGUGCUGACCUGAUCAUUGGGGUCAUUUCAAUGAAUCUGUUUACCACCUACAUCAUCAUGAACCGCUGGGCUUUAGGGAACUUGGCCUGUGACCUCUGGCUUUCCAUUGACUAUGUGGCCAGUAAUGCCUCAGUCAUGAACCUCCUGGUCAUCAGCUUUGACAGGUACUUCUCCAUCACGAGGCCACUCACAUACCGAGCCAAACGAACAACAAAAAGAGCUGGUGUGAUGAUAGGUCUGGCCUGGGUCAUCUCCUUCAUCCUCUGGGCUCCUGCCAUCUUGUUCUGGCAGUACUUUGUUGGGAAGAGAACUGUGCCCCCAGGAGAAUGCUUCAUUCAGUUCCUCAGUGAGCCCACCAUCACCUUUGGCACAGCCAUCGCUGCCUUUUAUAUGCCUGUCACCAUUAUGACUAUUUUAUACUGGAGGAUCUAUAAGGAAACUGAAAAGCGUACCAAGGAGCUUGCUGGACUGCAAGCCUCUGGAACAGAAGCAGAGUCAGAAACCUUUGUCCACCCCACAGGCAGCUCUCGAAGCUGCAGCAGCUAUGAGCUUCAACAGCAAAGCAUGAAACGCUCGGCCAGGAGGAAGUACGCAGGCUGCCACUUCUGGUUCACAACCAAGAGCUGGAAGCCCAAUGCUGAGCAGAUGGACCAGGACCACAGCAGCAGUGACAGCUGGAAUAACAAUGACGCUGCUGCCUCCCUGGAAAACUCUGCCUCCUCCGAUGAGGAGGACAUUGGCUCAGAGACCAGAGCCAUCUACUCGAUUGUGCUCAAGCUUCCGGGUCACAGCACCAUCCUCAAUUCCACCAAAUUGCCCUCAUCAGACAACCUGCAAGUGCCCGAUGAGGAGCUGGGGAUGGUGGACUUGGAGAGGAAGGCCAGCAAGCUGCAGGCCCAGAAGAGCAUGGAUGAUGGAGGCAGUUUUCAGAAAAGCUUCUCCAAGCUUCCCAUCCAGUUAGAGUCCACCAUGGACACAGCCAAGACCUCUGAGGUCAACUCUUCAGUGGGUAAAACCACAGCCACUCUUCCCCUGUCCUUCAAGGAAGCCACUCUGGCCAAGAGGUUUGCCCUGAAGACCAGGAGUCAGAUCACUAAGCGGAAACGGAUGUCUCUCAUCAAAGAGAAGAAAGCGGCCCAGACCCUCAGCGCCAUCUUGCUUGCCUUCAUCAUUACCUGGACCCCCUACAAUAUCAUGGUUCUGGUGAACACCUUUUGUGACAGCUGCAUACCCAAAACCUAUUGGAAUCUGGGUUACUGGCUGUGUUACAUCAACAGCACCGUGAACCCCGUGUGCUAUGCCCUGUGCAACAAAACAUUCAGAACCACCUUCAAGAUGCUGCUGCUCUGCCAGUGUGACAAGAGGAAGCGGCGGAAGCAUCAGUACCAGCAGAGACAGUCGGUCAUCUUCCAUAAGCGUGCACCUGAGCAGGCCUUGUAGGGUGAGGGUUCCUUGCUAGCAGUGGUCAAAUGCACACAUCAACCCACAAACCUUACAGGGAGCAAGGUGAGGGUGGGGAUGAUUGCUGGUGAUGAUAAAAAUGUUCUUAUCACCCAGAUGUGGAAGAAGCUGCCUGUUCACUGAUCCACUGAAUAAAUCCAUUUUCAUAAAAAAGUCAGAUACCAAUUCAGAAAAAAAAAUUACUUAAUAUAAAGAAAUUUAUUCUGAAAUAGACUUUGUUUUUUCUUAAAGAGGAAAAAAAUAUUGUUCCACAGCAGUGGUACACCCAAAUUGACCUGCUUGGUUCUUUUCAUUCCCAUUAGCUCUGGAAUCUCAGAUGAGCAUAAGUAGCCAGCCCAAGCUGCCACCUUCUUUUCCAGUAUCCCUAAAGUGUCAAUGCAGAUCCAGUUCCGGGGAUGUGGAACACGUCAGGCUAGUGAAUCUGUGGCUCUGAAAUUAUUUCGUGCUUUGUAAAGCUGAACCUCCUUGUCCCAGUAGAGCCGCCAUCUUCUCUCUGGUGUGCUGUUAAACUCUAUUUGUGGACUUGAUUCUCUCCCAGUACUGUUUUGUGCAGUUCAAGUUUCAUAUCAAUAAAAAUCUGUAAGUAUAAGUAUAUGUGUGUGUGUGAGAGAGAGAGAGAGUUCUGCGCACACGCACACACAGUGUAUAUAAUAUAACGGGAAUCACUGAACUAGCAAAUGAUUCCUGCAAUCCGUGCUUUCAGUGCUCUGGUAACUAAAGUUCUCUAGGAUCCUAACAAUGCAAACGUGGAAAUAACCCAGUGUAAAGUUUGGAAGCCAGGGAUGUGCGCUACAAACCUCCCUGGAGAGACCGGCAGGGGGCGCGGCCGCGGGGCGGGGUCUGCGCGGAGCCUCCGGGCGGCCGAGCCCGGCCAGCUCCCCGCCUUGCCGACCUCAACGGGGCUGCCUCAGAGGGGCCCUCGGCGCUGAGCGAGCCGCACCCGCGUUUGAAUUCAGUCGCCCGGAUCCGAACGUUUCCACGCACAGUCUCUGCCAUCCGACCUGCCUGGAACUUGGUAGCUGUGUCGCGUCGGAGUGUCACACAGCGGCGCGGACGGCAAAGCCAAGGACGCGGCGAGGAGCGCGGACUCGGAGUCCGGCGCGCGGCUCCGGCCCCCGGCUGCCCCGCGGCGACGAAGGACCGACGCCUGGCUCCGAGCUGUGGCCGCCGCUGUCUGGCGCGCUUCGGUGCCCUUCGCCCAGUAGCCGGUGGGGUUUAGGAAGUCACACGCACUCGGGAGAAACUGUUACACUGAAAAGUACUGCUUGACACUGAUUUCCUUGCAUUUUAAAGCGAUGAUUUCGCAUUCUCCUCUGAAUUGGGCGAAUGCUCCGUGCUGCUGGGGGAGGGGGCCGCUGUUGCUUCAUCCCUGUCGCUGCUGUAGUUGCGGUUCCUUCAUCUCCUUUGGCUGGGCUGUGCGGGGGGAGGCGGGGCGGGCGACUGAGGACAAAUCUCCCCUUCGUCCUGGCCUCGGCGUCGUGCGCCUGCAGCCGGGCUGGAAGCUGCUUUUGUGUUCAGUGUGAGCUGGUGUUUACAGGUGACUGACUCAGUGGUGUCUGUGUUUGAACUAUUUAAUUUCGUGCUAUGUUUAUAUGAAGAAAUAUUCAUGCAUCCUUCACCAAGUGUCUAUUUAAUGUGGAUAAAUAUUAUUCUUCAGUCUUCAGCCCUGCCGUCCCUUGAAAGUGAUUCCUUAAGGUCCCCUUGAGCGAUGGCUUCAUUGAGCUUUCCUGUGGCUCAGAAGAGGAAGACUGUCACCCUCUUGUCAUCAGCAAGUACCCAGGUCACAAAGAGUCAACUGUGUCUUCAAUACACGUUUAAACCCACGCUUCAGUUAAACGUGGUGGAGCCUGAACAGACCAGCCCUCCGCCACUGUGUUUGAAAUCACAUGACGAGGGGGAAAAAUGCAAAUCCGCAUGAUUGAAAGAAUGAUUUUUUUUUUUUGGCCCACAUUUACCAAAGAAUAAGAAAAACCAGAGACUAUUUUAUAAUGUGUAUAGCAACCUACGGAAUGUUAUGUUCUCCACUUGUGAAAUGUCUGGUGUACCACAAUUGCAUCUAUAUUUUCUUACUCCAGUUGGCCCAACACUAAUAAAUACGGGAAUGUGGGUUCACGUCUCCAGUACUUCAGCAAUUCCCAUUCCUUUUAAACUCCUACCCUUCCUUCCUUCCAAAGGGCUGCUUCCUGUAUUAGAAAAAGUUAGAAUUACAUUUAAGAAAUAAAAAAACCCUGAGCUUUGGCAGAACUGCAAAGGUUAAUAACAAUUCUCUUAAACAUGAUUAUCUCCUGAUCCUUGUCCUUUUAUGCUGCUGAUAAAGGCAGAAAAGAAACAAAUCCAAGCCUAGCUCUCCUUUUCAGUUACUAGUUUGGUUUAAUUACAGAAUUGUUCUCAAAUCUCAUGGAUGAAAGCUGCUUUUAAAUACUCUCUACUGAUUAUGUUUAAAGAAAGGUAUGUCCAACUCUUAGGGUGUUGUCAGAGAAGGCAAAUAAGAAAGACAGAUUUCUUUGAAUAUGGAGAAUUCAGAAGUGUAAUCAAAGCUGUAGUGAGUGUUUAUGCUCCAACAUAGCUACCAUUCAUUUCUCAAAGGGUUUGUCAUAGAGAAGGUAUUCAGCAUUUAUGUAAGAUCACAGUGUCUUCAUCCCCAAACAGGGAAUCUAACUAUUUCAUUCCAUAUGAAUGACGUUUGCAGAGAAUGAUUCACUUAAAUGGAAAGGGCAAAACAAACCUAAAACAAACUACACAUGAAGAACAGCCCCAACACAAACACACACACACACACACACAUGUGCAUGCAUGCGUGUGCACACCCAUUCUCCCUUUCUCGGUUCUCCAGGACUUGCCAGAUGGACAAAGCAGCAAACUACCUGGCCCACUGUUUCUCACAGCCCUGCUCCCUGUGGCCCAUCACCUUGCUGUGGUCUCUCUUCUAGUUCUCCAUAUUAUCCCGAAUCAUCCUUGCCUUAAAUAUAGCCUUGACUCUCAUCAUAUUUUCCAUUUCUAUUCACUCGUUCAUGUAUAAUAGUUCUGGACUCUGACAGCAAGGAAACAAAUCAUAAGGAUAGAGGCUGCACUGGCUAAAGAUCUAGAAGGUAUACCGGCAAAGUUCACUGCUCAAGGAGGGACAAGAGCCCCUUAGCAUUGACUGUGAGAAGUGGGAGGGCAGAGUUUGAUGUAAAGGUGGCUGCCUUGGGUCUGCCUCAGGACAGAGAAGGAUGCUGAAGCUCAGGUACGCUAAGAAGCCCAAUGCAGACAAAAGAGACAGGCAGAGCCCAGGGGCUUUCUGGGUGUCCCAUUCUUCUGAGUAGAGAUAACUCCCAGAUGGGGACAUUAAUGAGAAACUGGACAGUCCUCCCCGAGCGCACCUCAGAGGGCACUGAAGGUGUCUACUGCCAUGCAUGUCACUUACCUUUUCCAACUCUCUGGACUGUCUCCGUGGGCUCACACUAAUUAACACAAAAGCACCUUAAUUUGCCUUCUGACAGCAAACUGGUCAAGAUGGAGGCCUGGUGUUUGGCAAAUCACCACAGUGAUGAAUGUAAAUGAGCAAUCUGAUGAACACUUGAAGAUUUCUGAUUUUAUAAUCCUUCAGAGCUAUUUACUUAUAUUCCCAUGCCACAGAAUCUGUAGAAAUCUCACAAUUUGUUGGUAAGCUGGAAUUUUACUGUUUCAGAUACCAUGGCAGUUGGGCCUGACAACCUUUCAGGUGGGGUGACUGGGUAGCGCAUGUUCAUUUGGGUUUUGUGGUGGUGUUUCUCCUAGUGGUAGUGAAAUGGCAGCAAGCACAGUACCCAGAACACUUAUCUUCCCUUCAAGCUAACAGCCCUGCUUCUUCCACCUCCUCCCAGAGAGCGUAUUUCUCAAAUGUAAUGCAAGUUUGGUUCUGCUGUGUAAGCUCCAGCCCAAACCAGGUCCAGAAGUUUUACUACUUCCCUCAGCAGAUUUAGGUCACACUCUCUCUCCUUGUGUUUUCAUGCUUCUACUGUAUAGGAAUCCAGGCUUUACAAGGAUUGGUGCUGUGUGAGUAAAUAUUUGAGACCUGAGAGACUGCUCCUGGGGACAGUAACCCUGAGAUCUUUAGAACUAAAGCAUUCCAUUUUCUUUGUCUGGCUUUUGUAGUCCUGCCUGAGAUAGGAGGCACAUGUCAUGAUAAUAAAUAUGAAUAAAGACAAGUUAGAAAGGCGGCUAUAGCCAACAUCCAUUUAGAUUUUAUUGACUGUCUCCAAAAUGGGCAGGACGUACAUUCACAGCUUCACCACAGGGGUGGAAAAGGCACUUGAACAUAGGAAGUGGACACCCCCGGCUUCUGUAGGGCCUUAGGCAUGUGACAGCGGAACGACAGAGGAGUUCUGCCUGAGCUGGACCACCCCAGAUACUCAUCUGAGAUCCAAGGUGGCCUCGCCUUAGUUGCUUAAGACAUCUUACAUGUCGGGGAGUGGAAAAGGCCAUACCUUUCCCUGCAGAGAAGCAGUGACAACACCUUCCUCCCACAUUCGAAUCCAGUAACCCACUCUCAAACUAAAAAGAUUAUCCCCAGAAUAAAUAAUUUUGUUACUCUUCUUUCUGGAACUCCAAAAUACUUAACGAUUCUGUAAUUUACAUGCCAAACUAGAGUAUUUUAUCCUGCAUUCUGUGAGUUCCUUGAUGACAGAAAAUGGAUCUUGUUCGUCUGUGUCCUGUGGCUGGCACGGUGUCUCUCCAAGAGUAGACAUUCACUAAAUGUUGUUGAAUGUUUAAUAAAGUCCUUAUUAAUUAACAUAACAAAUAUUUAUCAGAAUUUUGUUCACAUCGGUGCCCCACACUGCUAAUAUAGGAAAGGGUCUUUGAGCUGGAAAAGUAACUUAAAGGAAGAAUGAUUCAUUAAGACGGUGGCUAUCUAAUAAAAUAUGUCUAAGCAACAAAGAGCAAUAUUUUAAAUAUAUUUGAAGUAGGGAACAUAAUUAAGAGUACAGAAAGGACAAAAAGUCACCUGCCUCUUGAACCCCUGGAACUCAGAAACUUUUUACCAGAUGGGUCAGCUCUACCUGGUCCUCACUGUCCUGGUCAGAGAAGUAUGGGGAGGGCCUGGAGAGCCCAUAAAUGUGACUUUUCUGUUUGCACAAAUGAAAGUCUCUAGUUUGGCUUAAAAUAUCCUCAUAUGCAAGUUUGCUUGGCAUGGAAAGUUAGGGGAGAAUCUAUUCUGUUCUGUAAGCAAUUAAACAAAAGCCUUCUCCUCUGUUCAUCCUCAUACAGUACAUGGGCAUGUUCCAACCCCUGCACACACUGGAGAAAUUCUCUGGAGCUUGUGCACAGAGCUACAUGAAGGUGACAUUGUGAGCAAUACCCUUCUUUUUUUUUUUAACACAUGAGAACUAUCACAAAGUUUGGUGCAUGUUUGAGGGCUAGUUAAAUUAAAAUGAGCUUCCGAGUCUGUGAAUCAGCACCUCAAUUUCUCUAGGCAGGAAGCUUCCCAGGAAAUGUUUAUGAAAUGUUCAGUGAUCACAUCCUUCUAAUUCAUGAGGGUGUAGGAGGAAACCACUGUCCAAAAAGAGAUGGCUAUAUAUUUGCUUUGUAAGCAAAAGGCAUGUAUCAUAGUUGCUUCUAAAAUAGUGUCCCCAUCUUUACCAAAGGCACUGAAUUUUAACCUGUUUUUAUUACCUAGUAGCCAGCACUUCCUCAGUCAUUUUAGGUAUGUCAUAUGCCAUUUUUAUUCUUUCACCUGAAGAUAAGUCAAUUGUCUGUACUAUAAAAUAAUGCCUGCAACUUUGUGGUGAUAUUAUCCCAUAAGUUUAUCAGUGAAAUAAGGAAAUAAAACUAUUAAUA